AUGGCCGUCUUCGACGGUGUGCACUAUGUUAUUUCAUCUUCGAUACAAGCGGAACAGCGGAGGGAGCUUUCGGGCUUGCUGGACCUCAACGGCGCAACGAGCGCACCACCACACACCCAUCUCAUUGCCCUUGCUGGAUCGCAUACUCAACACGAGCACCCGGGAUCUUUGCAUGUAGUGUCGGGAAUGUGGGUGCAGCGGAGCAUAGUCCUAGGAAAACUUCAACUCGAGCAGUACUAUUCGCCUGAUCCAACAAUGAUUUUUUCGGGCAUCGUCGCGUGUGCCACCGAUGCGGCCCGUUCCUCUCGUCCAAUUUUGAUCGGAAACUUGUCUUGGAUGUUUCACGUCGAUGCAUCUGGCACGUUGAAUAAUCCACGCGAUAGUUUGCUGUGGUACCCGGUUCCGAGAGGAGGUAUUCCUGGCCUCAACGAUUGCGAGAUUACCGUCACUAACUAUACAGGCACCGCGCGAGAUUAUCUGAAGAAACUUAUUCAAGUCAUGGGCGCAAAAUUCACGCCAAGUAUGAGUCAGAGCAACAAGGUUCUGGUCGCUGGCUAUUCUCCAUCGCCCAAAACGCAGCGUGCAGUUGCAUGGUCGAUACCGAUAGUCAACCAUACUUGGCUCGAGGAUUGUUUCAUUGCAUGGAAGUGA